GUAAAUUCAAUUUUAAAGGAGGAAUUGAAGUCGAUACACGCGUUUACGCAAAAAACCCUCACGCCUGAGCAGUGGAAUAACGAGCGAAAAUCUGAGCAGUAGUUUUACUUAAAUAUUAAUAGUAACAUGUUAGAUAAAUUAGAAGGGGGGGUCGAAGUCAACGUUUCCGCUCCAGGGAAGGUAAUACUGCACGGGGAGCAUUCUGUAGUCUACGGCAAGCUGGCCAUCGCCGGCAGUUUGGGACUUCGCACAAAAUUAAAACUAGUGGAAAUAAAAGAACUGAACACUUUCGCAGCUGUCGUUAAACCCUUAAGUUUCCGGCAUUCGUUUCAAUUGGCUGACGUCCAAAACUUAGUAGACAAAGUGCAUGUUCAAGGCAGCCCUUUGAAUUUUAAUUUAGCCGAGCCAAAUCUAAUAAAUUUCGACAAACAGCUCGCGGCGGUUCGUAAGUUAUUAAUUGGUGUUGCGGAAGAGAAUAGGUCCGUCUCGAACUCGCUCGAGUGCGUUCUGUUUUUAAUUUCGGCAAUCUUGAGCAGUGUCAACGUCAACGUUUAUUCUUUCGCCAUAAUAGUCGAUACGGAAUUGGAAAUUGGCGCAGGCACAGGCAGCUCUGCGUCAUUUUGCGUUGCCCUUACCGCUGGUCUCUUGCAGUACUUGAAACGUAAAACUACCCAAUUGCAAAACAUUUCCAAGCAGGGUUUCAAACGGUUUUCAUUUGAUCUGGAUAGUGCUGGAAAUGACCAUUUUAACGAUGAAGAGUUGAGGUUGAUUUGCGAGUGGGCUUUCCUAGGUGAACGCAUUUUCCACGGCACUCCGUCCGGUAUUGAUAAUGCAGUGUGUACCUAUGGUAACUUGGUGAAGUUUCACAAAGGUUCGGCGCCUAAACCAAUUAAACUUCAACGAUCUUUGAAUAUCUUACUGAUCAAUACACAAGUGUCGAGGGUAACGGCUAACUUGGUCGCUUCAGUUAGGUUGCUAUACGAAAAAUUUCCUGACGUGGUUGGUAAAAUUCUUGAUUCCAUGGAUAAUUUAACAUGCGAAGCAGCCGAAAUUAUUCUCAACAUUGAUAAUAGCUUGUGUGCCAAAGACACAGAAGAGUAUUAUGAAAACUUAGGACAGUUGGUAAAGAUUAACCACGGCUUACUCAACACGCUAGGUGUGUCCCAUCCUAGAUUGGAAGAAAUUAUUAGGAUUUUACUCAAACAUAAGCUUAUUGGAAAAUUAACCGGAGCCGGCGGAGGGGGGUUCGCCUUGGCCGUACUGCCGCCCUCAUUUGAAAUAACAGACGUCGCCAAAGAAUUAAUGAAUGCUGGUUUUAAAGUUAUCCAGACGAAAUUGGGAGGAGUCGGCGUCCGAAUUGACAUUUGAUUAGGCUUUUGGACUUUUCAUAUGUACCACGGAUGGGUUAAGAAAAGAUUGUCUCUUUUUGCGUAAUAUUUUUGAAUGCUUAUGUUCUUAAUAAAUGUUUGU